CACCAGCCAGGACCAGGAGGCAGCCACAGAGCCCCAGAGCAGAGCAAACUCUCUCACUUUCCACUCACACGAACACGUCCCAAAGAGCACCGACGAUGAGCGUGGAGAUCCUAGACGGGAGCACGGUUCGGAGCUUCGUGGAGGACGAGGGCGCCUUCAACUCCUCGGUGGACGGCCGGUUCGCCGUGCUGGACACCGACCACGACGGCCUGCUCACCUACGCCGAGAUGGCCGGCGAGCUCAUGAGCCUGCGCGUGCUGGAGAAGCACUUCGGCGUGGACGAGGCGGUGGUGGCGCCCGACGAGCUCGCAGGGCUGUACCGCAGCCUCUUCGCGCGGUUCGACAGGGACGGCAGCGGCAAGGUUGACAGGCAGGAGUUCCGGGCAGAGAUGAAGGAGGUGAUGCUGGCCGUGGCCAACGGGCUGGGCUUCCUCCCCGUGCAGAUGGUCGUCGAGGAAGGCAGCUUCCUCAAGGUCGCCGUCGACAGGGAGCUCGGCCAGCUCGCCAAAGCUGCAUAAAGCUCACGCUCGCGAUUUUGAAGUGUCACAACUACAGUUUUUUACUCUUUGCAUCUAUCGAGUUAUUACAGUGCUGCUACCAUCAUAUAAGUACUGCUUAUUAUAUAUAGGUAGUGUGCACUGCUUGACGCUUGUUCUUUCAUUACCUAAAGCUGUCAUUGUGUAACUCAACUGUCAAGAUGAGUAAUUUUUGUUGAGAAUUCAAUUCACACCUGUUAUUAAUUAUAUUUGGUCAUUCCCAA